GUUUUGGAAGCACAGAUAUGCGUGCAAUUUGGUUUGUGGUUUCCUCGAGCCCACUGGAAACAAUAAACAGCCGAGACUGUUCAGCUACCACGGAUGGAUGCAGAGGAGUGGUUCUGAGUUUCUAAACGGUUUCUUGUAAUUUGUCCAGACCAGAGGGGCUGAGCCAGGGAGAAAACCUCUAAUUGGAUGAAAUUGCUCUAAAAUAGACGCAGCGAUCAGCAUGAUUUUUGCUCUAUGAGGCGACUGCAAUACAUUUGACUGUAUGGAAUUGAGAAGUCACAUGUAAUGUAUACGCCUUGUUGUGUUGUGGAUGUGCAUCAUCCAGGCCUCUCAGGUGUUCGUGUGAGUUAAUGUCUCACCAUGCAUGCAUUCACUCCAGAGAGGGAGAGAAGACAGAAAAUGUUCUCAGUGAAUGUUAGCUAAUUUAGCAUAAUAGAACCUACAUCAGAUUGAAAUUACUAUAAUUAAUCUCAUAUAUAAUUGUGUGUAUAAACUGGAUAAAUAAAUGGCAUAAGUUCCUGAACACACACACACACACUGGCCAAGUGUGGACAUCACUGAGUUGCAGUCGGAGCAGGCGGGGCUGUUCAUGCAGUGUUUAUAAACCUCCGGGGGCACGCGCUCCCCUGACUUCGAGCAGGAACAGUCACUUCAGUCUGCAGGCCUGUGAGAAAGUGAGGAGAAUCUUUUGAGCAUCAUGGACGAUGACUUUGACCGCCGCAUGGAGCUGAGAAGGCAGAGGAGAGAGCAGAUGCGUGUUGAUUCUGAAAAGGUGGGUAACACCAACGAUGAUGACGAGGAGGAAGCACGGGAGCAAAGGAGACGUGCGAGGGAGGACAGGAAGAAGAUGAGGGAUCCUGAGGAGUCUGGUACUUCUGAUGCUAUCAACAGUAACAGUGUUGAAGAGAACGAAUCCUCCUCCACCACCACUGACACCACCAGUGCUGGAGGUGCAGAUGAUGACCAGGCUUUGCUGGAGCGCCUGGCCAAGAGGGAGGAGCGCAGGCAGCAGAGAAUGAAGGAGGCGAUGGAGAGACAGAAGGAGUUAGACCCCACCAUCAGCACCGGUGAUGGCACAGACGACCCACUGGAAGAGGCGUCCUCCUUUAGCAGCAGUCAGCAGCGUGAAGAGGAAGAGGAAGAGAAGGAGGAGGAGCAGGACCAGGUGGCAGAGGCGGAUAUGAAUUCCUGGAAGAAAAAGGAUGAAGAGGAAGUAGAAAAGGAAUCAUCAGCCACAAGAAAUUAUGAGGAGAUUGACGCUGCAACAAAUGAAGAGGUUGAUCAAGGAAAAGAAGAGGAAGCUGUUCCUGAUGUUGACAAUGAGCAAGAAGAAAGGGAGAGGAAAGAAGAGGAGGAGAGGCAACAAAGGGAAAUGGAGGAAAAGCUGAAGAGAGAGGAAGAAGAGAUGCAGCAAAAGGAGGAGGAGGAGAGGAAGAAGAGGAAAGAGGAGGAACAACAGAAACAAAUGGAGGAGAGGCUGAGAGAGGAGGAAGAAGAAAAACAGAAAAAAGAGAUGGAGGAAAAAGAAGAGAAGGACACACAGAACAGGGAGAUGGAGGAGAAGCGGCAAAAGGAAAUAGAAGAGCGGCUGAAAAAGGAGGAGGAAGAAAAACACAAAAAGGAGAUGGAGGAAAAGAAGAAGAAGGAAGAGGAAGAAAAGCGGAGGAAAGAAAUGGAGCAGAAGAAGAUAAAGGGAGAGGAGGAAAACAAGAAGAAGAAGGAACUGGAAGAAAAGAAAAAGAAGGAGGAGGAGGAAAAGCGGAAAAGGGAGGCAGAGGACAAAAAGAAAAAAGAGGAGGAGGAUAAACACAAAAAGAGAGAGAUGGAGGAAAAAAAGAAGAAAGAGGAGGAGGAAAAGCUAAAAAGAUUUGGUCUUAAGGAAAAGAAUGAACCAGCCAAACAGAACGGAGCCUUCAUUGAGAACAAGCUCAAGAAAACAGAGAAGACAUCAAGGGACAAUGCUCCCUCCACGAAGGGAGACGACGUGGAACGAAAGGAGGCUGAACAUAAGCUGCAGGAGCUGAAGCGCCGGCGAAACGACGCAGAGAGCGAGGAGUUUGAGAAGAUGAAGCAGAAGCAGCAGGGCUCAGAAGCCGAGCUGGAGGAGCUGAAGAAGAAGAGAGAGGAGAGGAAGAAGAUCCUGGAGGACGAGGAGAAGCAGAGGAAACAGGAGCUGGAGGACAAGAAGGCCAAAGAACAGGAGGAAAGGAAGAGGAUGAAGGAGGAGAUAGAGAAGAGGAGGGCAGAGGCUGCAGAGAAGAAGAAACAGAAAGAGGAGGACACCUCAAAACCUUCCUUUGCUAUCAGUCCCAAAGGCUCCUCCAAGAUUGGAGAGAAGGCAGAAUUCUUGAGCAAAUCAGCCCAGAAAAACACUGCAGCAAGAGUGUCACACACUCCACUUGUGUCCAAGAUAGGCAACAGACUGGACCAGUACACUUCUGCACUCCAGGGUAACAAAGAAGGCAAAUCCCCCAAGUCUCCUCUGGCAGAUAUUCCUACAGGAGGCACACGCAGCAUCAAGAGCAUGUGGGAGAAAGGCAACGUCGGUGGCUCCUCUGAAAGUCCAGCCCCUGCCAACAAGGACUUGGCUGUUAUCAGAGGAGGUGUGGCUGGACGUGUCAACAGCUGGAUGGCAAAGCCUGCAGAGCCAGAGAAGUCGGCACCUGCAUCUGCACCUGCAGCAGCAGCAGCAGCAGCUGCACCACCCGCAGCAGCAAAGCUGGCAGAAGUGAAACCAGGUGACGUUGGUAACAAGCGCGGCAUGUGGGAAACCAAGAAAAGCUCUGCACCUGCCAAGUCUAAAUAAUCAAUGGUGAAAGAGGUAACACUCAGUGCAUGUUCCAACAGGCAUGGUGUGACGGAUUUGUGAUGAUUACACUGAUUUUACAUCUUCACCCAACACAAAUACGAUUGGUUGUCGUUGUUUUUCUCAGUUCAGGCAAUUCAAAAAGUGAUUCAGUCAAAAUCUGUAUGAUGUUUCUGUGAGAGACUGAACUCCCUUUGUAACUCCACAUUCUCCGUCCACCUUUGCUCCUUAUAUUCAAACGUAACCAUGGUUUGCAAUGAGAAGCACAGACGUCUCUUGUGGAUGUGAUACACCCAAACAAUUUUCGGACAACUGAACCUCACACAUCUGUAAACAUUAAUUAUCUCCUAUUAAAAGUAAAAUUUGGGUUUUCAAGUCUCUGGCUGAGCUGCCUGAACUGAACUGUGAAUAUUGAUUUUGACGUGAUGAAAGAGUAGAUUUCUGUAUUUCUCACUUACACUGUACUGUAAUAUACACUUUAUUAUUUGGAUUACUUUGUUCCCUGAGUGGUGUUGAGGACAUUAAUAGUUUUUCCUUGGCUUUGAUUGUGUUGUUUAUGUGGAACAUGGAUUAUUUUUAAACAUGAAUGUGAUUGGUAUGUUGUGACUGGACAUUUUGGCUGCACUGUGCACAGCUUUUUUGUGCCAAGAUACGAGCUGCAUUGCAGUGAGGAGGAUAAUAUCGUUGAGCGCAUGUGGUUGUGUGUGAUGUGAUUUUCUUUCAGACGGGAGUGUUUUAGUAAACUCUGACAUAUGGUAUAUUGUAUAUUGUAUAUUGUCUAUCUAUUAAACCAGUCCCCAACAUUCACCCUCCCAUAUCUAUUUGCUUUCAUCACCAUGAUUUUCGUAUUGUUUCAUUUAUAUCGAUCCUUAUUCACUCUCAGGAAGCAGAAGUUAACACACCUAAGCUUGAAAUGUAUCCCAGAAUAUUUUUGAGAAAUUGUUUCUACACCAUCAACUGUUUUAAUUUGACAACAUUAUACAGUUUAAAAUUUUACAGAUUCUUCUUCUCAUAUUUUCUUCUCAUAUCUUCUCCAGGUGGCAAUUGUAGGAAAGGGCAAGUUUGUCACAAAUGCAGGUGUAAGACCCUAACCAGUGACCCCAUCAUAUCAAUCAAACCCGACCAAACACAAGGCUACUCUGCUCCUGUAUGUGCUUCCAUUCCCCUUCAACACGCCUGUAUUUUAAGUUCCGAGUGAGAGAAAGACGAGGGACCGGGAUGAGUGACGUUAAAGGGUUCCAGUAUAUGAGUCAGCUCAUAUUAUACAAAAAAUGUAUUGAUUUGUAUUGAUUUGAUUGGUUUUGAUCUUUUGAUCUUUUUCAUAAAGAAAUUCGAAGAUGUCAUAUUAAACCACAGCUUAAAUGAUUGAUAGCUCAUGGGAUAGAUUUCGUCCUCAUUUUUCCCCAAUUCAAAAACUUUAAAUUCCAGCUUUAACGAAAUUCAGAUCGCCGUCAGGACACUGAUCCACACUGACCCACCCAAUUAGAAGCAUUUGUGUUAUAGUUUCCUACACACUCACUGCUUUUUUGGGAUGAUAGUCACAGUUUUAACUCCAUAGAAAGCCUGUACAUAUUUAAUUUGUUUCAGUAGUUAGCCACUUUCUAAUGAGGGACUCUUCAAUCAAUCAAUACAAUUUUAUUUGUAUAGCCCAUCAUCACAAAUAACAAUUUGUCUCAUAGGGCUUUAACAAGGUUAAUGAAGAAGGUUUAUGAAUAGAGUAAUGCAUUUCGUAGUGGCUAAUACAUCUUUUACUGUUGCUUUAUCGAUCAGUUUUAAGUCAUAACUGUGCUGUUUUAUACUAGUGACCCAGUUUUGGUGCCACUUUCUAAUCAGGAAUCUCUUAUCAAAGAUUUAUUUGUUGCAACUGAAGACUUAGUAAAUAGCAUACGAAUGCAUUAUAGAUCAGUUAUAAGGUGGUUUGACAGUCAGUCCUGAGUGAAUCUCAACAUCUACUGGAUGGUUUGUUGUGAGAUUGUGUACAGACGAGGUUCAUAGUUCCCAGAGGAUGAAGCCUGCAGACCUUGGCGAUCCCUGGUGUUGAUCAUCAUUUAGUUAUGAGUGAGCUCUAUUGACAAUCACAGCUGGAUGUCCAUCAUGUUUGUUACAGAGAUUCUUCUCAAACUGAUUCGUAACAACACUCGUGAUCCUCUAACUUUCCAUCUAGUGUCAAUGUAAAGGUCAAUAAGGUCAAUAAGGUAAAUAAAGUUACCUUAAAGGUUAAUUGUCCAAAACUUUGGUUUAUAAGCAAAUACCUGCAAAAAAAUCAAAUUCCCACAAUCCUCAGCGGUAACAUUCUUUUAUGUUAAAGAGCUCAAAUAAGAUGAUGAGUGGGUGGAUUAAUGUUUUAUUGAUUAAGAAGUCCAUAUGUCUUAUAACCAAUUGAGUUAUUAAUGGAUUACCAACAUUUAUAACUAACAUAUUUAUAAAUAGAAACAAUAAAACCAGUCAACAGGUUAUUUUAAAACCUGGAAACCUAAAACCUGUUCUUUUAACGACCUAUAACUGAUAUAUAAAGCAUUGGUAAAUAGACUAUUAAUAAAGAUAUUGGUUUCCUCACACAGGAUCCUCAGAGCAGAACAAGAUAUCAGUGACUCAUUCUUCCCAGAGCGACAGCCAGAGUAUAACAGUUAAAAGCAUGACAAUCAUUCUGUCAACAAUUCCUGGUUAUUUGUAUUUUUGACUUGUGGCAGUUUAACAAUCACAUUAUUGUGUCGUAUAAGCACAAGAGAAAGUCAAGUAAAUCACGUGCAAGAGAGAAAACCACUGUAACAACUAAUCAGUGAUCAGUCAGACCCCAUGCUUAUCCAUAAUCAGAUUACAUGCCACUGUCUUUGCAUGGCAACUGCAUUAUGCUUUCAAGUUUGAAUAUUUCCUGAAAUGAACUUUAAAUUGUAGCCUGGUGUUUCUAUCAGUGAACACGAGUUGAAAUCUGCCAAAAUGUAUUGUGAGUCUCAUGCAGUAUUGUUGGUUUGAAUGUUUGAAGUUAUUGUUUGUGCUUGCUUCAGCAAUAAAGAAAAAAAAAAGGAAAAAA